AUGGUAACUUUGUUAGUGACAACAGGUGCUACUGUCACCUUUAAAGAAUUAGUAAGAAAUGUGCUUCAAAUUGAAUUCAUACGGGGUAUUAUAGACUUAGGAUUCAAUGAAGUGUUUGUUCAAUACGGUAAUGAAAUCAAAGAUAAUGUUCAUCAAAGUGACAUCUUUGUACAACAAGUUUUAAAAGAGCUUAAUUCAUCAGAUCAAUUGAAUUUUAACUCUUAUUCAGAUUCAAAAGCAAGUAUAGUAGGGUUCCCUGAUACUGAUAAGUUACAACUUUUUACAUCAUCAAAAUUAGAUUUGAAAUUAUAUUUAUUCCCAUUUUCAACUAAUGUAAAUGCAUACAUAAAUCGGGCAAAUUUAGUUAUAUCUCAUGCUGGGACUGGAUCCAUUAUUGAUUCAUUAAAAUUGCAUAAAAAGCUCAUUGUGGUGAUAAAUGAUCAAUUAAUGGAUAAUCAUCAGGCUGAAGUUGCAGAAGAAUUUUGCAAACAAGGAUAUUGUAGUAGCUUAACUACCAAGGAUAUUAAAGAUGGUGCUCUGUUCGUAAAGGCUGUGAGAGAAAGACUAGCAGUAGAGUCCAAACCUUUCACAACCAGUAAGUCUAACGUCAUUGAGGCUAUAAUUUAUGAAGAGUUAGCCGCUUAG